CAAUUUUCUGCUGAAUGUCUUUUACGGAUUGACCAUGUUUCUUCGUAUUCUUAUCCCUUUCCAACAUAUCCACUAAUCGUUUUACUAGAUUUUCGAUACUUACGACAUCAAAAUACUAAUCGUAUCCGUGUAGUAUUCAAUCCACGCGCCAUGGUUCGGCAUUCAUGUUUUUAUUUUCUGUCUGCAUAUGUAUAUGGGCCGUGCUCUGUGAAAAUGGGGUUUAAUGCAUGUGCGUUAAGUGCCGUCCCAGAUAAGCCUGUGCAGUCUGCACAGGCUUAUCAGGGGUGACACUUUCCGCUCAAAUUGGAUUUUUGCUAAGAAGCUACUUUCUUUAAACAUAAAAUAUCAUAAAAGCAGAAAGGGUCGGUCCUGAUUAGCCUUUGCGGCACUUUACGCACAUGCUUUAAACUACCUUUUCACAGAACACGGCCUAUAUGGAUUAGACGCGUGUUUGUUUUGUGAUGAAUUCUAGGCUGUGAUGUUUGGCUAGCCCUCAAACUGGUCCAAAACCCCAAAUGCUUUGCACUGACCGCUCAAAGGCGGUGAUCUCAGCGUUAAUUGAUUUAUUCUUAUAUUUGGUGUUCUGUUUUAAAAAAUAUAGAAAAAGAACAAUAAUUUCCCACCUGACAGAAACUUUCUUGAGUUACAUCGUUUGCUAUUUCACAGUUAAGGUGUUUGUUUUCAGAGACGAAACUAUGCAAGUUAACGAAAUUCUUGCAAAGAAUUUUUUACACAAGUGCUUGACUAGUAAUUAGAUAAAACAUAAUAAGCCUCAUUCUGUGAUGCACAUGCGUCACGUGUCAUUCCGUAUUUGGAUGUACAGUAUGCACUGGCUAAUCAAGGAUGACACUGACCGCUUUAUGGAAGAAAGGAAGUCUGAAGGUAGUCUAGUCUUUUUUUAAAUUAAACUCCAAAUAAGGCAGAAAGUGUCGUUCCAAAUAAGCAGGCUUAGUUGGGAUGACACUUUACGCUCAAGCAUUAAGACCCGUUUUUCCAGAACGAGGCUAAUAUACAUGUAGUGUAGAGUUGACCUAUCCCUGGGCGAAAACAGUUGGGAAAACAAAGAUUUGUGUCCGUUUAACUUGUUUAAUUUUGUGCAUAAUUAUGUUUCGUUUGCAUGUUUUAAGGGGGUUUAUUAUAUAAAAGAAAGGUGCACGCAAAGGUUUCCACUGUCUAAAUGGCAAAUGCAACCUUACAAUUUCAAGGGAGAAUACUGAGAUAUCACAGCACUUUCGAAUUCAACACAUGUUUACCUCCCUUGUAAAUACGCAGUCAGCUGAUCAGGGGAGGUCACUUACAAGGAGAACCCACAUGACGAUCAUGUGACACAUUUGAGACGCACAUGUGACUUUGUGAAAGUUUGUCAUGUGACAAACAGAAAGAGAGGCGUAAUUCUGCUUACAUAUAAAUUCAAGACAACGUGCGAUUGACUUUAGUUUGGUGGAAAUAACCGAGGUGACACUGAAAUAAUGGCCGGUUCCUACGACAAGCGUUGACUCUCAUUAAGACACUUGUGUUGUUAACAAAAUGGCGAGUUUAGCUGAUGUGUUUAAGGACAAGGAAAGGACAAACUGGCUGAAAGCGUGGUUAGCCAUAGACAUUGCAAAGUCUGGCUUGGAACACUUCGCUGACAACGAGGCUCAUAAUUUUCACCAGCACAUUUACAGCCAAGUAACAUCUACUCGUAAGUCACCAUUAUCUACUUGCACCAGCUGUACCACAGACAAUGUAUGGUACAACAAUCAAUGUCCUAUGCAGAUUUGCAAUAAAGUUUGUCAGAAAAUCAACAAUGAACAUCGGUAUAAAAAUAACAACAAAAAUGAAUAUUGUUGGUCUUGGAAGAAUACAUCUGCGGAAUUGUGGCAAACAAACUAUUGGGAAAUAGCAAAAUGUUUUUUCCCACCAGAUGGAUAUGCUGCCACGAGUUCAAUCCAAGAUACAGACUUCAACGGAGUGGUCAGUUUUUUGCUGAACUGCAAACACUUUGAUAGCAAGUUCUCUUUUCCAAUAACAAAGGGAACGCCAACCCAAAGACCUGCCUGCCUCCUGUAUGAGGCUCGUGAAAUCGGGAAAGCUGUGCGUCACUCUUCGAAAAUGAAAGUCACAGACGUGGAGCUCAAUGACUACUUCAUGACAUUGUCCAGCCUGCUGAGUGAUUCACGAUAUCUACGUGGAGAUAGCGAUGCCCAAAAUGCUGUUAAGAAAUUAGCAGAGUUGAAAAAAGAUACCUUAUUAUUGACUACAGCGGAGAUGAAGUGUCUCCUGGAGGCUGUUGAUUCAACUUUGAAGAAACACUUGAAAGAUGUUGCCAAAGAUGUUGUUGAUGAAUCAGUGAAUGAGCUCAGAGAAAACACAGAAUUGUGUAUUGAGAAAAUCAAAGACUAUAUGGUUACAAUUAAGGAAGAGCUCGCAAAAGAGGCAGAAUUGCAUAAACAAGAUAUUGAUAAAAACGCAAAAAAAAGCAUGAAAGAUUAUAAUGAACUAACAGUCUUGGGCAAAAAAGACUUUGAUGGGAACGCAGUCAAACGCACGCAAGCCUUUGAUGACAACUCAGAAAAACGCACGCAGGAGUAUGAUGAACACACAGUCACACGCACGCAAGCCUUUGAUGAGAAUGCAGAAAAACGCACGCAGGAGUAUGAUGAACACACAGUCACACGCACGCAAGCCUUUGAUGACAACUCAGAAAAACGCACGCAGGAGUAUGAUGAACACACAGUCACACGCACGCAAGCCUUUGAUGACAACUCAGAAAAACGCACGCAGGAGUAUGAUGAACACACAGUCACACGCACGCAAGCCUUUGAUAAGAACGCAGAAAAACGCACGCAGGAGUAUGAUGAACUCACAGUCUCACGGAAAAAAGACUUUGAUGAGAAUGCAGACAAACGCACGCAGAAUUUUGAUGAGAUCGCAGAAAAACGCUUGAGGGACAUUAAUGAGCAAUGUGGAAAUACCACUUUCACUGAAACUUCCUACAAACAGUCCAGUAAAGGUAUAACUAAAUUAUAAACAUGCAAUUAUACAAUUUGAAACAACUUUUUUUAACAUAAAUACUAACUUUUAGAACCACUGUGCUUCAAAUAAAUGGAAUGCCCUUGAUCAUUUAGAUAUAUAUUCAUAUGCAUAUUGUUGUUAAAAAGAAAAAAUGUUGAGGUACAAUCGACACAAGUAUACAACAUUUGGAAUGGAUACAAGUAAAUAAACGAGCAUACUUUUUAUAACACUAGUAUGAUUACAAUGUCCAUACAUACCCUAAAACCAACAUAUUAAUCCAGCUUAGCUUGUUAUGAGACAACUUACACGAUUGAAUGUCAUUGUACAAUGGAUAUUACUUAUGCAUAAGCGAUUCAAAAAUCAUCAUGAACACUUGGUAAUUAGCUGUGAUUUCGAUAUUAAGUACAUUGCCACUAAUUUCAUUGGAAAUUAAAAUCACAUACAAUAGUAGUGUGAAGGUUAUAAGUACAGACUGCAAGCAAUUUUGGGAUUCUUUAUGUGUGUUUCCCCAUAAAACUUGUGUUAUGUAACUUAUUACAAUCAUUAUUGGCAAUGGGCUGUAAAUGUUGCUGAAAGUCGGCCAAAAUUAAAUUCUUUGUUUUGGGCAAGGUCUGAA